AUGCUGUCCCGCAAAGGCAUCAUCCCCGAGGAGUAUGUGCUCACGCGACUAGCGGAGGACCCUGCAGAGCCCCGGUACCGUGCCCGUGAGCGGAAAGCCCGCUUUGUAUCCAAGAACGGCAACUGCAACGUGGCCCACAAGAACAUCCGGGAGCAAGGCCGCUUCCUACAGGACGUGUUCACCACGCUGGUGGAUCUCAAGUGGCCAUACACGCUGCUCAUCUUCACCAUGUCCUUCCUGUGCAGCUGGCUGCUCUUUGCCAUGGUCUGGUGGCUCAUCGCCUUUGCCCACGGUGACCUGGCCCCUGGCGAGGGUGCCGCUGUGCCCUGCGUCACCAGCAUCCACUCCUUUUCGUCUGCCUUCCUUUUCUCCAUUGAGGUCCAGGUGACCAUUGGUUUUGGCGGCCGCAUGGUGACUGAGGAGUGCCCUCUGGCCAUCCUGAUCCUCAUUGUGCAGAACAUCGUGGGGCUCAUGAUCAACGCCAUCAUGCUGGGCUGCAUCUUCAUGAAGACGGCCCAGGCCCACCGGCGGGCCGAGACCCUCAUCUUCAGCAAGCAUGCAGUCAUCGCCCUUCGCCAUGGCCGCCUCUGCUUCAUGCUGCGCGUGGGCGACCUCCGCAAGAGCAUGAUCAUCAGUGCCACCAUCCACAUGCAGGUGGUACGCAAGACCACCAGCCCUGAGGGUGAGGUGGUCCCCCUCCACCAGGUGGACAUCCCCAUGGAGAAUGGUGUGGGUGGCAAUAGCAUCUUCCUGGUGGCUCCGCUCAUCAUCUACCACGUCAUUGACGCCAACAGCCCGCUCUAUGACCUGGCGCCCUGCGACCUGCACCACCAUCAGGACCUUGAGAUCAUCGUCAUCCUGGAAGGUGUGGUGGAAACCACGGGCAUCACCACCCAGGCCCGCACCUCCUACCUGGCCGACGAGAUCCUGUGGGGCCAACGCUUUGUACCCAUUGUGACCGAGGAGGAUGGCCGCUACUCCGUGGACUACUCCAAGUUUGGCAACACCAUCAAAGUGCCCACACCACUCUGCACAGCCCGCCAGCUUGAGGAGGACCCCAGCCUGCUGGAUGUCCUGACCCUCGCUCGCGGGCCCUUACGCAAGCGCAGUGUGGCCGUGGCCAAGGCCAAGCCCAAGUUCAGCAUCUCUCCAGACUCCCUGUCCUGA